AUGGCUCCCGAACACACCAAGAAGACCUACACCCUCGCCUCUGGCGACAAGAUGCCCGCCAUCGGUCUGGGUACGUGGCAAUCACCACAGGACGCAACCUCCAAGGCCGUCAAGGCCGCCAUUGACGCUGGAUACCGCUACAUCGACACCGCCUACGCCUACGGCAACGAGUCUGAGGUUGGCAAGGGUGUUCGCGACGCUGGUGUUCCUCGCGAGCAGCUCUGGAUCACUACGAAGCUGGAUAACCCAUGGCACAAGCGCGUUGCAGAGGGCAUUGACGCCUCUCUGAAGAACUUGGGCAUGGAUUACGUCGACCUCUACCUCAUGCAUUGGCCCAGCAGCACGCGGCCGGACGAUCUGAAGAAGCACUACGAUGACUGGAACUUCAUUGAUACAUGGCGUGAGUUGCAGAAGCUGGUGGGCACUGGCAAAGUGCGCAACAUUGGUGUUUCCAACUUUGGCAUCAAGAACCUCGAGAAAUUGUUGAAUGACCCUUCUUGCAAGAUCAAGCCCGCUGUAAACCAAAUUGAAUUGCACCCCAAUAACCCAUCUCCCAAGCUGGUCCAAUACUGCAAGGAUAAGGGCAUCCACGUCACUGGUUACUCGUGCCUGGGUAGCACUAACUCGCCUCUCUACAAGGACGAGACCCUGUUGAAGUUGGCUGAGGCCAAGGGCAAGACGCCACAGCAGUGUAUGCUCCAGUGGGGUAUUCAGCGCGGUUACGAUGUGAUUCCCAAGUCGGUGACUGAGGAGCGCAUCAAGGGCAACUUUGCUCUCGACGGAUGGGAGUUGACAGAAGAGGAGAUGCAGAAGCUUUCGAGCCUCCCGGAUCGGUUCAAGGUAUGCGGCGACGACUGGUUACCUGUCAAGGUCUUCUUCGGCGACGACGAGUAG